AUGAUCCAAUCAUGUGAUGAAGAGAGGAAGGAGAAGGAAAAAACGGCCUCACGAAAUAUUACCACACUUAUUCUCGACAUUUUAUUGUGCAGGGGAGAUGUGGAGACAGAGCGAACAGCCGAAUCUGAACCGAUAUCAGUGAAACAGUUGUUUCGAUUCGCCACUACACGAGACAUGUGUUUUAUAACAAUCGGGACUGUUUGCGCUCUCAUUGGAGGUGCUAUUCAACCUUUCGUUCUGAUCCUAGGUGGAUUUAUCACAACACUGUAUCUGGAGCCCAGUGAGAAAGUGGGAAACCAGCAGUUUUGGGAUGAUGUUAUGGUUCUGAUAAAUUGGCUCGGAAUUGCAGGCGUACUUGCUCUGAUAACAUCGUUUGUUCAGUCCUUCUUUCUCCAUCGUGGCAGCCUGAACGUGGUAAUUUCGCUUCGACGCCAGUAUUUGUCUGCUGUUCUACGUCAAGAUGCAACAUGGUUUGAUCAAAACACUUCGGGUGUCAUCAUAUCACAAUUGAAUGACAAUAUCGCUCGAAUUCAAGAUGGAAUGGGUGACAAGAUGGGUCUGCUGAUCCGAGGAUUUUCGAUGUUCUCCUCGUCAAUCAUAGCUUGUGGUAUCAUCAACUGGCAGAUCACUGUUAUUUCUAUCACUAUGGGGCCGAUAGCUGCAAUGACAAUGGCGAUGUUAGGAAAAGUGAAUUCUGCUAGCCUAGGCAAAGCAAUGAAGUUACUGUCAGAUGCUGCUUCUAUAGCUGAAGAAUCAGUGAUGAACGUGAAUUCUGCUAGCCUAGGCAAAGCAAUGAAGUUACUGUCAGAUGCUGCUUCUAUAGCUGAAGAAUCAGUGAUGAACGUGAAAACUGUGCAGUCGUGUAACGGACAGAAACAUAUGGUGAAGAAAUAUCAAUCAGCUCUAAGGCGUGCUCUCCCGUAUUCCAUUCGCAACCACUUCUGGAUGGGCUUUUUUGAAGGGCUAUCAUUCUUCCAGAUUUACGUGGUCAUUGGAGUUUCUCUUUGGUUCGGGUGUUAUGGUUAUUUCCAUGGUUUUGUUCGUGAACGUGGUGAUGUACUUCUCUGUGUGGGCACAAUUUCGCUAACCGCCUAUUACUUGGGAAUGCUUGGACCUCACAUGAUGGCUUUGUUGAAGGCAAGAGUAGCGGCUGCUGCCAUUUACGAUAUAAUCGACAGGAUGCCUCCUAUACAUCGGAAGAAAGGUCUCAGAAAGGACGUUGUGGCAGGACAUAUUGCCUUCAAAGAUGUCUACUUCUCAUAUUUAACAAGAAACCAGCCAGUCCUGAAUGGCUUCUCGUGUGAAGUUCAAAGCGGGGAAACAAUCGCGCUUGUUGGUGCAAGUGGAUCCGGUAAAAGCACAUUGGUUAGUCUUCUCAGUCGGCUCUAUGAAGUGGACGACGGUAAAAUCACCAUUGAUGGUGUGCCUCUGUGUGAGUAUGAUGUGAAAGCAUUGAGAAAGAGAAUCGGGAUAGUUCAGCAAGAACCGUAUCUAUUCAACGGUACAGUAAAGGAGAACAUAUCGUUGGGACGGGAAGGUAUUGACGAUGAAAAAAUCAGGCAAGCUGCCGAUGUGGCCGACGUUACCGAAUUUGUUGACCAUCUCGAAAAGUUUUACCUAUUUUCCUUUUUCUGUCUGGGAAUCUUUCAAUUAACCAAGAAAGAUCCUUCCGAACAUCAAACACAACAGGGUUUCGACACUUACUUGGGUCCUGGUGGCGCGACAUUGUCUGGAGGUCAGAAGCAACGAAUCGCCAUCGCUCGAGCCAUUAGAGAUCCUUCCGAACAUCAAUCACAACAGGGAUUCGACACUUACUUGGGUCCUGGUGGCGCGACUUUGUCUGGAGGUCAGAAGCAACGAAUCGCCAUCGCUCGAGCCAUUGUCACUGAUCCUCGGAUUCUUUUCUUGGAUGAAGCUACCAGUGCCCUAGAUGCCAAGUGUGAGAAAGUUGUUCAGGUGGCUUUGAAUGAAGCGGCAAAAGGAAGAACAACCAUCGUCAUAGCACAUCGUUUGAGUACUGUUCGUGAUGUCAAGAAAAUAUAUGUCAUGGAAAAGGGAAAAGUGGUUGAGACAGGUAAGAGAAGGCUAUAUCAUUACUCGGUUACUAAUUUUUCAUUCCGAUUAAUAUAA